GUUCUCGGUUUGGCUUUUUUGGCGGGUUCGAUGCCUAAUAGACGUCAUACUCGAAAUCAUUUAAGCGAAUCCUCCCUUCAUUUGAAGGACUCUCAAUUCAAAGCAAAGUUGUUUGUGAAUACGAGCUCCUCAAUAUUGGCACUUACCGUUCUUGCAUUGGUUACACCUGCUGCAUUCAAAAUGGCCGCUGCUUCACAAGCUGCCACCAAUCCUAAUAAUAUUGAUUGUGAUUUACAAAUCAUCAGUCAUGCAACUGCGAUCAUCCUUAUGACUAUAUAUAUUGGAUCAUUGGUAUUUCAGUUGAAGACCCACGUUCAAGAU